UGCCAAUCGUUUGUUUUCCAAAUCCCAUGGCGAGACUCUUGGUCUCUAUCCCUAUGCAACCCACACAAACGGCCUUGACGGCGUUUGCUCAGCCGUCAUUUCCGCCGCCGGCGAAAAAUUUAGUGUCUCGGGGUGGAGUAGGAGGGGCGGGGAGAUUUUGUAUUAACCGGAGAAACAGAGAGUGUUCCUACGUGGCGAGAGCAGGGCCGAGCACGAGUAGCUACUUGCUCGCGUUCGCAAUUCCAGCUACUCUUAUCGCCGCCACCGUCUUCACUUCAGCCAAAAUCGCUGAUAAGCUUGACGAUGAUUUCCUUGAGGAUAUUGCGUUGAACCAAGCGAUAAAAGCAGCAGAAGAGGGAGAGAAUGCUGAAGUUGAAAUGUCGCUGGACGAUGUGAUUAAAGAACCUGUGCUUCAACGAACCCGUAAACGUCCUAAGCGUGAAGUUUAGCCAAAACACACACACACAUAUAUAUAAGCUUCUUAAUGAGUCUCCAAUGUUGUAAUAUGUUGUGUUUGUAUAAGGUUGUAUGCUUGUAGUAGCAGUCUUCCUUGUUUACAUAUAUAUAGUUGUAGCUACUGAAAAUUUCCAGAAUAUUAUUUGUAUAAUAAUCAUAUGAUGAUGAAUCAAAGACCUCAUUUGAAGGUUCUUUGCCA